GGAAGCGCAGCGCUGCUGUUCUGCUGCCGCUUUCAUGUUCCACUUCACAGUCUCCGCCGUUGGCUUUCUUGCUUUGAAAGUAUUUAGUCAACUUAAACUUUAAUCUCUCUACGUUGUUUUUGUCGAGCUCGACGAGCAGAGGCUCUGAUUCGGGAACCAUGUCUGCUACUACUGUAGUAGUUCCUCUCCAUGAGUCUACAGUCAGCAUCGUGAGACAGUGUGGACCCGCUCUGAGUGAUGUCCUUCUAAGCAAAUUUGGGUGUAUGACCGUCAUCGAGGGUGUGGAUUUUGAACGAGAUCCAACCGUUUCAUGGCAAAGGAAGUCAAAGGUUGUAGCGGAGAAAAGGUUCACAUGUGCACUGCGUGGAGCAGUAAAGGUGUCUGUGUGGAAGGAUGAUCUCGUCAAUGUGCAGGUGGAUGCUGUCGUGAACGCUGCAAAUCCCAAGCUUCAGCAUUAUGGUGGCCUUGCUCUUGCUCUGUCCAUUGCUGGUGGUCCACAAGUCCAAAAGGACAGUGAUGACUAUAUUAAACAGCAUGGAGACUUGCAAACAGGAGAUGCAGUUAUUGGUGAUUCUGGGUCCCUGCCUUGCAAGAAACUAAUCCAUGCUGUGGGUCCCUGCCUGCCCCCACAUUCCAGCAAGUCAGAGGUUACAUCGGCUCAAGGGCUACUGGAGAAGGCCAUCAGAAGCAUUCUGGACAAAGUUCGAGAACACCAUAUGAAGACUGUCGCCAUACCUGCUAUAAGCUCAGGACUGUUUAACUUCCCACUGCCACUAUGUGCAGACACCAUUGUGUCCACUGUGAAACAUUACUAUGACCAUUUGAAGACAGGACAUCGUCCUGAGGAGAUCCUCCUUGUGAAUAAUGACGAGCCCUCAGUAAGGGCAAUGGAGAAGGCCUGUCGUGAGAUACUACACUCCCACCCACCUAAGACCCACAGCUAUGCAGCAGUGGCCAAAACCUCGCCAGUUUCUGUUCGCAUCGGAAAUGUUCUUCUGACACUGACGUAUGGUAACAUUGAGGAACAGCAGACUGAUGUCAUCGUCAAUACUGCAUCAUCAGACUGUGAUUUGAGCAUUGGCCAAAUCGCCAAAGCAGUGCUGAAGAAAGCAGGUCCUGGAAUACAACAGGAAAUUCAUAGAAACCCAAAACGAGAUAAAAUCAUUGCCACAGCAGGCCACAACCUGCAAUGUAAAAAGGUGUAUCAUACUUUUUGCACUGAGAAAGGAGCGCAUUCAGCUGAGCAGACCCUUUCAGCAUCAGUGUUGGAUUGCUUAUGGACGGCUGUUUCAGAGCAACACAGUUCUAUUGCCUUUCCUGCCAUUGGCACUGGAGCGCUCAGGUUCAGCAAAACACAUGCCGCUCACAUCAUGUCAGACGCAGUGGCUGACUUUGCCCUGAAGUCCGCCUGCCUGUUGGAAGUUGUUUUUGUCAUAUUUCCAUCUGACAAAGACACAUUUAAGGCCUUUGAGCAAGAAAUGGGAUCUCUCCGAAAAAGAGCACAAAAUCCUGGCUUUCCACAGGCUGCAAUGCCGAGAGAUCUUUUCCAUGACAUCAAACCUCCCACCCCGCAAAUAAGCCUGACCGGCCCGUCCGAUGAGUUGACACGCGAGGCCAGACGAUGGCUCGCCCACCUUCUCCAAUCUUCUGGUCGCGUCACCAUCUGCAACAACUUCAUCCAGCACUUGGGCGACAACGAAUAUGUUGCCCUGUGCCAGCUGACCGAAAAGGGAAUUUUCAUUGAGGAGUCCUUUGAGAACGGUCACUCAGAAAUGAAGUUAUUUGGGAGUCCAUCGGAUUUUGUUGUUGUCGCUGCUGUGCAGGUGGAGGCCAUGCUCUGCCACGUUCAGAAGGAGUUUGUCAGAGAAGAAGAGCAAACCAUGCAUAUGAUGAGCACUGAGAAUGAGUCUUUUUUUAAAAAGAGGACAGUCAGUAGCGUCAGCGAUGAAUUCAACCGCAAAUCCACUAAAUUGAGAAAGGAUGGGCUGCGAAUGGUGAAGUUGGAAAAGGUGGAGAACCCUGCGCUGGAGAUGAUAUUUGAAGUCAAGAAAAAGCAGCUGCAGUGCUAUACUCCUGACAAUAUGUUUCAGCGCAUACCUGCACAGUUCUGUGACAUGAUCAGUCGUAUUGGAUUCCACACAGUGUGUGCACCACCUGCAGAGCCAGCGUUUGGAGAGGGCAUCUACUUUACUGGUACGGUGAAAAGGGCCAUGGAAGUGUGGAAGCAGCAAAAGGAGGAGGAGUACGUGUACUUCGUGGAGGCUGACGUGCUGAAGGGAAAAUCCACCUCCGGUAAACCUGGUCUCAUCGUGCCACCUAUCAGGGAGACAAAUCCCCAAAGUCUGUAUGACAGUGUGAGCGGAGGACCUGACGUCUGUGUGAUAUUCAGUGGUUAUCAAGCUCUGCCCAAGUACAUUAUUACCUGUGAGGCGAUUGUGAAGGACUAAAUCCUCCACUCUGUCCUUUUGGUUUAUUGUGAAAGAGGAAAGUUGAUUAUUCGUUCAUUCUGAACGAUUGUACGCACUGGUAUUGUGAGUGGACUUGGUUUAAUUACACAAUUAUUACAUCUA